AUGCCUGACAAGAUCCUGGACGACAUUUCUCAUCGGCGAUACAACCCACUCACAGACAGCUGGCUCCUCGUCUCCCCUCAUCGGACCAACCGUCCGUGGCAGGGCGCGCAAGAGGGAGCGGCGGCGAAUCGGCUGCCCGAAUAUGACGCCGAGUGCUACCUUUGCCCGGGCAACGCGCGCGCGGUAGGCGAAAGGAAUCCCAAGUACGAAAGGACUUUUGCCUUUGUAAACGACUACAGUGCCGUCAAGAAGGAGCAGCGUGACUAUAAUGAUGCGAGCGCGUCCUCGGAUGGUGCGCAGCCGGCUGACCUGGAAACGAUCCUUCUCCGCGCCCAGGGCGUCAAGGGCGUUUGCUACGUUCUCACCUUUUCACCCAUGCAUCACCUCACCUUUGCCGACAUGCCUGCCGCCGACAUCCUCCCCGUCGUGGAGCACUGGACGCGCAUCUACGGCAACCACCUCUCGGCAGCAAAUCCGCUCAAGGAGCUGGCCCGCAAUCUCGACGUCGUCGCCCCCAAGGACGAUGUGUCUGUGCCGGGUGACGAGUAUCGUUUCAUGCAAAUCUUCGAGAACAAGGGCGCGGCCAUGGGCUGCUCGAACCCGCACCCCCACUGCCAGGUGUGGACCACGUCGACGAUGCCCGAGGAGCCAGGCAAGGAGCUCCUCAACAUGACCAAGUAUCGCCGUCAACACGGGCGCCAUCUUCUCGCCGAUUACGUCGAGCUGGAGCUGGCCAAGGAGGAGCGCGUGGUCUGGCAAAACGCCGCCUUUGUCGUCGUCUGCCCCUGGUGGGCCGUCUGGCCGUUCGAGGUGCUCAUCCUCCCCAAGCGGCACGUCCGUUCGCUCGUCGACCUCCAGCCCGAGGAGCGGCUGCAAUUUGCCGAGACCAUCCAAGAGGUGACGCGGCGGUACGACAACCUUUUCAAGUGCAGUUUCCCCUACAGUUCUGGCAUCCACCAGGCGCCCCUGCGGGGUUCCGACGAGGAGAUUGACAACUCGUACUUUCACAUGCACUUUUAUCCGCCUUUGCUGCGAUCGGCGACCGUCAAGAAGUUCCUCGUCGGGUACGAGCUCAUGGCGGAGCCGCAGCGAGACAUCACGCCCGAGCAGGCGGCGGCACGGCUUCGCGGCUGUGGCGGGGCGCUGUACCGGAAUGGCGCGAGGCCAUGA